GUAAAGUUAUCCUCAUUCUCAGUCGGGUCUUUUCUCUCUCUCUCUCUGCUUGUCUCUUUCUCUGCGAUCGAGCUAGGGCUGCGUUGCCGGGCUUCUCUUCUCUUCCUCCGAUGGAAGGUCUCCUCCGCUUCAGCGGCUUUCUUGACGCCUCUCUGGUCCGAUACCUAAUGGACCCGCAGGAGAAUGAGGCGGCGUUCGACGGGGAAGCUCACGAAGUUGAGCCCUCAGACCACUCCCUCCACCAUUCCGCUGAAGACGACAGAUCUCACCUUCAGUCCGGCGACGGAGCUAGUCCCGACAAAGAAAAACUAAAGUCUUAGAGACAGAGAGCAUAGGGUUGAUUCGGGCUCGAGCAUGGCGUUUAAUCCGAUCCCGGAAAAAGUCCAGAAGGUCUGGGACGAAUGGAAUCUCCGGGGAUUCAUCAUCCUCAGCCUCUCUCUCCAGGCAAUCCUCAUCCUCUUUGCCCCCUUCAGGAAACGAACCUCCAAUAUGUUCAUGAUCUUCCUCGUCUGGUCGGCCUACUUGCUUGCGGACUGGGCAGCAGCCUUCGCCGUGGGGCUCAUCUCCAACAGCCAAGGCAAGGACUCACAACCCGACGACAACAAAAACCUCCUCGCCUUCUGGGCCCCGUUCCUGCUCGUCCACUUGGGCGGCCCCGACACUAUCACUGCUUUCGCCCUUGAGGAUAACGCCCUCUGGCUGCGACACCUGAUUGGGCUCCUGUUCCAGGUGUUUGCAGCUUUCUACGUCUUUCUCCAAACCCUGCCCGACAACAAGCUGCUCCUUCCUACAAUCCUCAUGCUCCUUGCGGGGAUUGUCAAGUACGCAGAGCGGACGCGGGCGCUGUACCUUGCGAGCCUGGACAAAUAUAAGCAGUCCAUGCUCAAGGAGCCUGACCCGGGUCCCAACUAUGCGAAGCUCAUGGACGAGUAUGCAUCUAAGAUGGAGGCAAAGCUCCCAACAAGAAUCGAUAUGAUUGCAGAGCCCAAAAAAGACAGUGUCAAGACCACGGCCAUCGAUGACUUUCCACGGGACCUCAACGUGAUCGAUUCUGUGAAGUAUGCUUAUCAGUUCUACGAGAUCUUCAGGGGCCUCAUCGUCGACCUCAUCUUCAGCUUCCGCGAGCGGAACGACAGCAGAAGCUUCUUUCAGUCGAGGACAGCUGAUGAUGCCUAUAAGGUAGUUCUCAUCGAGCUUAAUUUCAUGUACGAGGCCCUGUACACUAAAGUUGUCGUGGUGCAUUCUCUAGUGGGCUACAUCUUUCGAUUCUUUGCUCUGGGUAAUGUUAUAGCCGCCCUUAUUAUCUUCAUCCGAUUGGGGAAGGGUGGAUUCCACCGAUUCGAUGUUAGAAUUACCUUUACCUUGCUCAUCGGCGCUGUUGCCCUCGAUUUGAUUGCGAUGUUCAUGGUCUUCUUCUCUGACUGGAAUGUGGCAAACAUAAAGAACUUGGCCAAACGGUACCGAUCAGUGGGCGGUUACGUGGACCGGGGCCUUAGUCCAAUCCUGAGCUCCUUCCUCAAAAGAAAGAUUCCUAGGACUUCUACAAUCACAUUGAGGGCUGAUAUUAAAUAUGAUGUGUUUAAUACUCCGGUGCUAUGUCGCCGGUGGGCAGAAUUGAUCUCUGCACACGAUCUCAUUGGGUACUGCAUAAAGGAAAAGCCACGAAAGAUAUGCAAACCGAUGGGUUGCUUCCGCUGGAUGGUCCACAUCAUAGGCAUUGUCAUCUAUUCCCCGUUCCUCGUUGUCGUGAAACUGCUGCAACGUUUCAAGUGGUUUUUUGAGAAAUUAGGUCAAUGUUGCUGUCGUCAGAUGGGUUUCAUUGGGUUCUUGUAUGCUAAAUCCAUCUGGCUUUUCGAAGGGAUCUUUAUGUUUGUCUUCGAUAACUUGGGAUUGACUGAAAUCUACGAGGAGAUUACAUAUGUUUCGAAGAAUGCGUUACCUAAGGACCUCUGGGAGUACAUCUUCAACCAGCUGAUAAAGAAGGCCUCACUGGCAGAUGAUCCCGAAACAGCGAGAAUAAUCUGCGAAGCCAAAGGCGAAUGGGUCCUACAAGACAGUUCCUUAGGGAUCAAUCAUGAUGAAGGCCUAAUGCAGUACAUCAAGAACGUUGAGUACGAUCAGAGCAUCCUGCUCUGGCACAUUGCAACCGAUCUUUGCUAUUACACGGAAGAUGAGGACAGCUUAAACAAGACGAACGAUGAGAGGGAAUUCAGCAAGAUAUUGUCUGACUACAUGCUGUAUCUCUUGGCGAGGCAGCCCAAGAUGAUGUCUGCUGUAGCGGGAAUCGGGCAGAUCAGGUACCGGGACACUAUUGCAGAGGCUGAGAAGUUCUUUAACAGGAGAGGUAUUGAUGACGUCAAGCCUGAAGAAAAAAAAAUGAAGCGGGCAUGUGAGAUGGUCCUCAAAGUGAAUACGGAUGUCGAGCCCAUUGCAGUGAAGGGAGAUCGGAGCAAAUCGGUUCUGUUCGAUGCGUGUAUGCUGGCCAAGGAACUGAUUAAGAAGCAGAAGGAAAAUAAGUGGGAGGUGAUGUGCAGGGUGUGGGUCGAGCUUCUGUCUUAUGCAGCAAGUCACUGCAGGGCCGAUGCUCAUGCUCAGGUGCUGAGCAAAGGCGGGGAGCUCAUAACUGUGGUUUGGUUGUUGAUGGCUCAUUUGGGGAUCGGAAAGCAGUUCCAGAUAAACGAGGGUCAUGCUAGGGCGAAACUGCUUGUGGGUAAGUGAGAAGAGAGAUUAGAAGUUUUCCGGGAUUAAUGUUAUGUGAUGACACUCGUGGAUUGAAUAUGAAAUCGUAAAUUGAUUCUUCUUUGCAUCUCC